AAACUCCACAUUUGAGUCGGAAAAUUCACGGAAAAUUGUUUGCGAAACUGCAGUGUCUGUGUCUGUGUCUGCCAACCCCCGCUGGUAAACCAACCCUCCACAGUCCUAGGAAAAACAGGUCGUCGGUUCAGUGAACUUCCGCCAGAUACAGAAUCGAAAUCAAGAAAAACUUCGAGAAAAUGGCAGAUAUUCCGUUUAUCUUGAACCUGGACUCACCCGACUCCAUGUACUAUGGCCACGACAUGUUCCCCAAUCGCAUGUACCGCCGCGCGCACUCUCGACAGCACCACGAGCUGGAUCUUCAUACGUUGGGACUGAUUGCCCGGAUGGGUGCACAUGCUCAUCAUCUGGUGGCCAAGAAGCGCAGCGGCGAGCUAGCUGCUCUGGGCGGCAUUCGUUCUGGGGAAAAGAAGGGCAACUUUGAGGUGAAUCUCGAUGUGGGUCUCUUCCAGCCCGGGGAGCUGACCGUCAAGCUGGUCAACGACUGCAUCGUGGUGGAGGGCAAGCAUGAGGAGCGCGAGGAUGAUCACGGACAUGUGACACGUCACUUUGUGAGGCGCUAUCCGCUGCCCAAGGAGUACGACGCUGAUGCAGUGGCUUCCACUUUAACUGAGGACGGCGUCCUCACCAUAACCGUGCCACCUCUGGCGUCCCAGGAUGAGCCAAAGGAGCGUGUCAUAACCAUCAAGCACGUGGGCCCGUCCGAUCUCUUCCAGAAUGGCAAUGGCCACAAGGAGCAGUCAGCCUCGCCUCCCUCCGAGGCCAAGUAAAGAGCUCAGCCUAAAAAAAAACAGCCGCGCCAUCAGCCGCCAAGUGAUUUCCCAAGACUCCCUUCUUUUUGUCGUUGCACUAAAAAGACGCAAAUUUAUGCACCAAUCGUAUUUAUUCAUUAUUAAUUACCAACUACAUUUUAAAGCCCAAUUUUACCCAAUUUUGAGACUAAUUAAAAUUCAGUAUUAUUAAUAAAGGAAUAUAAAUGUCG